AUGAAAUCUUUAAGUGAAGAGCUGCAGAGUUUCUCCACAGCGAGACUAAAGAAACAAACCACAAGAGUAACUACGGCUACCGGGAAGGUCAUUAUAGAAAAGCGAAAUGGAGAUGAUGGGUUUGUUGGAGAAGUCGGAGAUCAGGAGGAGGGGAGCGCCGCCGCCUGUGGUUUUGUUCAAGACUUCAGCUUGGAUUUGCAAGUGGGCAUCAUCACACCCUUUCUUCUCCUCUCCUCUCAAGAUGCUGCUAGUGACAUCGAGACACUGCAACAAUUCAAGGUUACUCAUAUACUAAAUGUGGCUUAUGGAGUGGAGAAUGCUUUUCCUGAACACUUUACCUAUAAAACGGUUCCCAUGCUGGACCUGCCAGAGACGAAGCUCACUUCUUACUUCCUACAGUGCUUCGAGUUCAUCGAUCAAGCCAGAAAACAGGACGAUGGUGUUGUGCUGCUGCACUGUAAUGCAGGCGUGUCCCGAUCAGCCUCUGUCGCUAUUGCUUACCUGAUGACGAAUCUGAAGAUGUCAUUUGCAGAAGCAUAUAACCAAGUUAAAUCAGCUCGACCUUCAAUCCAGCCAAACCCCGGCUUCCUCGCUCAGCUGCAGCAGUAUGUACCAUGAAACACAUUAUGGCUGAUCAAGCAGGUAUUUCGUUGAACUGAACUAUACUGGAAAGCAGGGCCGGCGCUAGGGGGUUGCCCCCCCAAAUUGUGUCUUUGCCCCCCCAAGCACAAUGCAAGCAACGGCUAUUUUUAAAAUUAUCUCUGAACCAAUCACAAAAAUGCAUUUUGUUUUACAGUGUGAAG